AUGAAGAAAGCGUCGAAAGCAAGCAAAACGGUGAUGUCCGGUGGGAUGUUUAUGAAUAGUGGCAGUAGUAAUGAAAGUAACUCCGAUGACGAAAGAUGUCAUUUACCAACUGCUGAUUUAAUCUAUUCGGAAAAUGAAAAAGAUGACGAAGAACAAACGGUGGUCAUACGACGAAACACGAGUAAACUUAAACGACAACGAGCAACAAUCUCACUUCAAUCACCUUUAUCUGUUCGCAAUACUCCGUCACUUGAAUCUAUCGAACAUGAUUUUUACGAUGAUGAUGAUGGUGAUGUCAUCGUAUCUGAUCAAAUGACAAUCAAAAAGAAUGAUCUUGAUAAUCAUCGGACAAGUUUCAAUGAAUCUGAACGUACAGACAGUGGGAUUGGACGUAAUAGUGGUUCAAGUUGGCGAUUAAGCAAUCUUAGUGAAUCAUUUCACUAUUGUCCAUCACAACAACAGCAAGACUCAUUGCAAACAAAUGAUAAACAACAAGGGAAAAUACAUUCCAACUCAGGUAGUGACAACGAUGAUGUUGAUGACGAUGACGGUACAACAGCAAUUCCGCAAUUUAACGCUGCCAGUCAUUUGUCUGAAGAUUUGGUUGAAACUUUGCGAUUGCAAAAAGCAAGUUGGCUUCAUGUUAAACAUUGGCUGACCGUUCAACGGCAUCGAAAAAUUGAACUUGCGUCCAAACGACAAUGGAAACGUCUGUGGAUUUGUUUAAAGGGAACGAAUCUUUACUUCUAUCAAGAUUGCUCCGAUACAAAUCCAAAAUUUAUUCUCAACAUAGUCGAUAGUCUUUGUUAUCCAUUGCCUGAACAUCCAAACAGGCAGCAUGUGUUCAGUUUGACAACUCAUACUGGUGAUACCUAUUGUUUACAGACAUCAGAUCAAGCAGAAUUAGAUGAUUGGAUUCGUGAUAUUCAUUGUUCGUGUUUACUGAAAACGAAUGAAAAUCUGCUACGAAAAUUAAUCGAAGAAUUGGAAGAAAGUGUCGAACGUGAAAACAAAAUGCGUAAAUUAGGUGAAUUACAACUGAAAUCAUCCGCGAAUCAGAAAGUGCGAUUACUCAUAUCCAAACAAAUCGAUCUCUGGGAAAAGAAUCUCGAAGCAUAUCAUGUCGAUCUGUUUCGUAAUAAAUGUUAUCUAUGCGCAUUGACAAACGAUCGUGGUUUACCCAAUCCAAAAGAUUUACUCUCGCAAGCAUGUCCAACAACUAAAGCAUCGCUGCAUAAAUUAACUUCCUUUACACCCUGCAGUUUCUACGCGUGUAUAUCCGCUCGACGACAAUUCGAUCGACUGAAGCCGAAAUACAAAUUAGCAAAUUCGAGCUUCAGUGCCGAUCAACAAUCCUCAACGAAAUGUUACUUAAGUACACCAUCGAGUCCACUGAAUUCUGUCCAGCUAUCUGAACAAACGAUUCUACAACUGGUGACAUGUGAAUCCGAUCCUCAAAUGAGAACAAUUGUAUCAAUCAAUGAAACGGCAACUGUGAGUGAACUGUUGAAACGUGUUACGGAUAAGUUAGGCUUACAAAUCGAUGGUCAUUUUCUCUAUUUCGAUUCGAAUACUUCACAUGCAUUCGUUUCGAAUAUCAAUGAAAAACUGAGCAAUUUAACAUAUUCUUCAAUCGAAAUUCGACGUAAAACUGUCUAUCAAAUAACAUUACAUCAUCCGCUUAAUCUCUCAGGGAUUGAAAUCGUUACUGAAUUACAUCGCGAAUGUUCUCUACAAGUGAUUGUAUGUAAUGUUCAACAUGGUAGUAAAAGUGAACAAUUAGGAGUGAAGAAGGGUGAUGAAAUCGUCAUUGUAAAUAAUUUUAUCGUACAAGAUUUAGAUCUUGAUACACUUGAUCGUUAUUUAAAUGAAACGCCCAUCAUCUUGACACUUCGUUCGUCACGAUCGACCGACUCAUGUCGAGAUUCGAAUCAAUCAUUUGAUUUGUCUCAUGCAAUCAUACAGAAUUUAAUAUGUCCACCACCACCACGACGUAUUGAACGGUUAUCUCGACAGGAACUUCGAGAAUUAGUCGUGCCGAAACCGGAUACAGUAUGUUCAACAGAGUCGAUGCCAUCAGUAUCGAAAGAUUCCAGUGAAAAUGAUCCAUCGACAUCCGCUCUCGAACGUUUACUGAAGAAUGUCGAAGAGUUAAGUCGAUAUUGCCGGCCGACCACAACUUUUUUCAAUCCAAAUGCCGAACAGAUCAAUGUGGUUCAUCAGCCGGCUCGUGUGAAAGUUCUUUCGAAUGCUCAACGAAUACGAAAAGUUAUAUUUGAACUGAUUGAAACCGAACGAUCGUAUGUACAAGAUAUGCAGCGUUUGAUAGAAAGAUACAUUGAACCCUUGCGUGAUGAUUCGAAACUUUUGCCAGCAGAUGCGAUCGAAUCACUUUACGUCAGUGUCAAAUCGAUUCAUCAGUUACAGCAAACCUUUCUCGAGCGUCUCGAAUCGAAUAUUCCAACAGAGAUUCUCGCUUAUAAUGUCGUGCCUGAAUUUCGUGAUAUUUUAAUAUCUAUAGCAGAUACGUUCCUAUCUUAUUCUCAAUAUUUCAAAUUAUAUUCAACCUUUUGUGCAAUGCAUCUACGUAUCAAUCGUUUGCUCGAUCUCCAUCAAAACAAUCAACAUCUGAAAGAAUUUCUCGCAGCAAGAAAUCCUCGACAUCAACAUUCGUCUUCAUUUGAAUCUUAUCUAAUCAAACCAGUUCAACGCAUCUUAAAAUAUCCACUACUUUUACAACAAAUGCUAAUUUAUUCCACGACCGACACUCAGACCGACGACAGCAAAGAACUCAUCAAACUGAAACAAGCGAUUACUAUGAUGAAUGACAUCGGAGAAUAUAUGAACGGAAUGCAACAAUUGUACGAAGAUUUCGGACAAUCAUUUGAACACAUAAUCAAAACUUAUAGUGAAGAACAUAACAAAACGUUGCAAUUGAAUUUACCUGAUCUGUAUGCGUAUGGCGAACUGGAUUGGAUCAAUAUACAUUUGUUUCUUCUUGGAAAGAAUCAUCAGCGUUUGAAAACACAUUGUUUUGUUUUUCGAAAUGGUUGUUUACUAUUAGUACGUGAACAGACAAAUAAAAAGAAACAAGAUACGUCAACGUUACAUAACGGAAACAAGAGUAUCUAUGAUCGAUUUAUUCGAUUUAUUCCAAUGGAAGAGAUCAACGUCGAGUAUCUUGAUAUGAAUGAUGCGAAAGAUAAUAUUCGUACUUGGCAAUUGAUUCAAACAAAUCCGAAAACUCGCCUGAAAGCGUACUUUCGUUUUGCAAAUAAGGAUGCUGAAACAUUCGUUAAAACAAUAAAUAGUUGUUUAUCUUCCACAUCAACUAUCGAAUGGCGGCAACACGCAUCACAACGUUCGCUGGGUAAGAGUCGAAAUUCGGAACCAGCAUUCUCAGUGGGAACAUCCUCUUCAUCACAACGCAUGUCGUCCAGUCGAUCAUGUCAUGCUCUCCUACCUGGCAAUUCUCGAUCAUUAAAUCGUAAAUCAAGUCAUCGCCGACGAAGCCCAUCGCCAAUUUGGAAACGUCGGACAACGCCUGUGCGGAAACAAGCAACGACAAUGCAUAGACGAGAGAAGCCAAUAACAAAUUCGACUGAUUGUUAA